AUUGUAACACAUUCUACACGUUCGACACAGAGAACAGGAUGGCAGUCAAAUCAAAUAUUUCAAUAUUGCUGGUUUGCUUCUUCAUCACUCAAAUAUGCGUUGGAGCCGUGGAACCGGAGUGUGACGGCGUAAAUAAUCGGAUUCCCAGUCCGGAAGGCCGUUGUGAUAUAUUCUAUGAAUGCAUAGAAGACGAAGGUUUAAUAGUGCCUAGUCAAGUUUCAUGUGAUACCAUAUGUUCUGGAUGUCACUUCAGCACUGAGGCGUUGGAUUGCGUUCACCCAGAUGAGGCUCUGUGCUUGCCCGAAUUGAGAAAAUUAACCUGUACAAACGUUACCGAUAUUAUCGCUCACCCAACCAACUGUGCUAGAUUUUUUACUUGCGAUUCUCUGAGACCGACUGUAGCUGAUUGCCCUGUCGAUUUAGAAUUUGGUAGACUACUGCAAACUUGUGUUUCGAUACGUGAAGCGCGAUGUUCUUGUGAUCUUCUUGAUGAUCCAGAUCGACCAUUAUUGUUACCAGAUCCAAUGAGUUGCACUUCAUUCUACAAAUGUCAUAAUGGUGAGCCUGUGCUAGUAGAUUGUCCAACAAACUUAUUUUUUUCGUUCGAACGUCAGCGUUGUGAUUUUGCAAAUGAAGUUAAUUGUAGAGACGGUUUCAGACCAUAAAACUAAAAUUUCCAUUUUGAGAAUUAAAGGCAUUUUCCAAAAAAAACCUACAUAAGUUCAGGGACGCUGUUUGAUUUGUGAAGAAAAAAAUUUACUUAAUGUGUGUGGUUGUAAAUAUUUCCUCAGUAAAAAAGCCCACUUUAUGCAUGCAACAAUAAAUUUUCGAAAGCCACAAACAUUUCAAUAGAUGUUGUGAAUCAUUAAAUUCAAACGCUUAAAAAAAUAUGUACAAAAAAAAAUCAAAAGAAAAUUUCAUGAAAUUUUUAAACAGCCUCACAAGACGAAACCAAACAUGAAUAUUGUUCAUUACAUCCAAUAAUUUAACUCACCGAAAGUAAUUUAUAUAAAGAGAAAAGUCGUUUUUUUAUCAACUUUUUUUUAAUAUUUGUGUAAUUUGUGUAAGUUGUUGCUGUAUGUGUGUAGCUCAAAUGGCGAAAUUCAUUGUAUAUACAACAAGCUUUGUAUAAUUUAAUAAAAGAACAUUUUUCAGCAUUGAA